CUUCGACGAUUUAUGUGUUGCGACUUCGCAUCUUUGAACACAAGAAAUAACGCAUAUCUCAAGCUGUAAGUACUAUGCUGGGACAUAUCGUUUAUUUAUAGAGUUCGGAUCUGCACCUCAGCCUGCCCCAGCUCUCUACUGGAUGUGUGGCGCUCGCGCCUAUCAAGCGCCCGCUCUGCUAGACUAUCAUGCUUCUAUAUACGAUAACAUUCUGUUUUGAACAGUUUGGAUACAUCCAAGGUUGCCGUGUACACGAGGUGAGCGGCGCUUGAGUUUCUUGUUUCUUCCCCACUAUGUUGUGUCGAUAUCAUUUCCAAGGUCGCUGUCGCUACGGUGCGAAAUGCAAGUUUAUCCACGAAAUUCAGGGUGGCACAUCAGCGUGCACUCAGCACGUUGAAGGUACCGAGUUGAGUCCUAAUCUCAACCGCCCAUCCAACCACAAGGGUCGUCGUCAGCACAACGACCAGAAAAAUGCUGGUCAGCCCAGGGCAGCUAAGCCACAAGUGCAGCGCACUAUCUCUCAAAGGCCUCCCUCGGAAAAUUUCGGCCAUGCGUCUGUUGGGCCAUCCCGAGGUUCCAAGAGUGGCGAAGUGUGUCACGCUUGGAAGGCCGGGACGUGCACAAAAGGCGCCAAAUGCCGGUUUCCGCAUAAUAUCGAAGCGCCCGUUGAAGUAGAUGUUCAUCGCGAACAAGCUGAAACAGAGCCAAAGUCAGCCGCGCAGACUCGUGCGACCGAGAUUGCUAAAGAAGCCGCUGCGAAGACGGUCCAGAGCAUUGUGCUUGGGUCCAUCGUAACGUUCGGCGCGGGCCUUGAAUUAUCUCACCUGAUCACCGGAUUCGAGUGCUGUACCUUGCAUAUUGCAAAUCUGCCUCCCAACGUGCAAGAAGACGACAUCAAUGCGCUGUUCGUAGACCACGGCCUUGACCGAGGACGCUUCCACCUUGCCAGCGCCAAGCCGAUGCCCAGUGGUGGAAAGCUGAGCGCUGAAAUUAUCACAGACGCUGAGUCCGCACAGACACUCUCGCUUGACCUCGAUGGCCUUGAAUUUCGGGACGAAUUUCUGACUAUCGAAGUAUCAGACUACAACAGUCCCGGCAGUAUGUGCGCGGCAACUGAACGUGACAGCGAUGUCCUUACAAUAUCCUGGCGUGCCCCUUUCGUGCGCUAUGUCGCAGAAUACCCUGUUACGGUCAAUGCUAGUGCAAAGGCGCGGGAACUGAACCGCCGUAUGUGCUCUGGGCGCCGGGUCAUAGUUGAGGUGAACACCAUGCCACCUGGGCGCUUCGUCCGAAGUUUCCAUGACAACUCAGUCAAGAUCAGUUAUCUUUCGCCAACUGUCACUGACGUAGAAGUUAGAGCAUUCUCUGGCUCAGAUGUUGUCAGGCGUCUCCCGGUGAAGGACUCGGUUUCCAGUGAAGAUGUCGGUCAUAUUACUACCACAUUACAGGAUGAUAUCGAGUGCAUCUCUCCUGGAACACUGAGAUCGCUAGAGCCUAUGCUGCCGACUCCAAGCCCUGAAGGGAUCGUUCUAGUUCGUGCGCGGUUUUCAUCUUGGGAUGACGUGCACACGAUGCAUACCCGUCUCCUUAACCAUCGCAUCGGGAACGUGUCUUUCCGGUUCCGCCUCUCCAAUCCCACACAACACUCAAUUACAAUCUCUGCUGAGCAGUUCCGCGCACAAAAAUCUUUGUGGGAUGCCUUGAUCGAUGGUAUCAAGGACAAAGACGCGUGUAUGCUGCACAUUCAUGAGCAGGGCGCCGUUGUCCGGAUGCGCUUGUCUGGCUCAAAGAAAGAGGCUAUAGGCGCACUUAAAGUUAGAGCGGAAAGCCUGAUUGCAGGUGAGAAGGUGGAAGGGUGGCACGUGACACUUGGAUAUCCGCACAACAAAUUCGCGCGCUCAGUUUUUGAUAACACGGGCGCGUUCUUCCGUGCGGAUUGGAGACGACGAGUUUUGAGAGUUUAUGGAGAGCCAAAAGCUGUUGAACAGGCUCGUGAGCUGAUCAAGUCCAAGCUGGACCAGCUCUCGUCCAUGGAGUAUACCAAAGUACUCGCAAAGCAGUCCAUUCGAUUUUUCGUUGAACAUGGAGUCCCGGAGCUGAAGGAAACCUUUGGAGAAGACAACGUCAAAUUCGUUGUAUCUGCACGAAGGAUCACAAUUUCUGGUGGCGACGAAGCUCGACACGCUCUCGAGCGCUUGAUCCAAGACUCGCUCAGUGGAUCCCAGAUCCUCAGGCCAGACCUAUCAGGACAGCAGUCCUGCCCCAUAUGCUAUGACAACAUAUCUUCCCCACUUCGCCUUGGCUGUGGGCACGUCUACUGUGCUGCAUGCAUGCGUCAUUUCUUGACAUCCGCUUUGGACUCGGAUCAGUUUCCGCUCGUCUGCAUGGGUAAUGAGUCCCAGUGUAAAGUCCCCAUUCCCAUUCCCACUAUCCAGAAAUUCCUCCCUCCAACUUCCUUCAACCACCUACUGGAAGUAGCAUUCAACGCGCAUAUAUCUCGGCGUCCACAGGAAUUCAAAUAUUGCAAGACGCCAGACUGUAAUCAGAUCUACCGUUCCACCGACCCCAGCACUACGACUGUUGGCCAGUGUCCGUCGUGUUUCUCAAAUAUCUGCACAUCGUGCCACGAGAACGUCCACGACGGCAUGAGCUGUGCCGAGUACAAGCGAACUGGACGCCUUGCUGAGGAGGAGCGACAAACUGAGGCAUGGAUCGCAGCUCAGGGCGGGCGCGUGAAGAGAUGCCCGUCCUGUCAAGUGCUGAUUGAGAAAGUGAAGGGCUGCAACCACAUGACUUGCAUAGUGUGCCACAAUCAUAUUUGCUGGCAAUGCACUGGCGUCUUUACAGCUGACACCAUCUACGUCCAUAUGCGCAAUGAUCAUGGCACGAUCUACGACGAAAACCAGGGCUGGCGUUGCACCAUCAUGUAGCAUGGAGGGCAUGUUUCUAGUUAAGAUCCUCAUCACACAGGACGAGUUUGUUCCCUAUUUGACAUGUCCCCCAUUGUAAUUUGGGCGGUCUGUUCAAGUGAAGGCCUCAGAUUACACUAUGUAGAGGGUGUAAGCGUCUUAAAUAUGUUGGGGAUGGGCGCCCCGCAGCACCGAGAUCUUGAUCUGGCGUCUCUGCUUUUUGUGAGUGGGCAACCGGUCGCAGGUGAUUUGGCUCGGACUGGCGCAGCUCU